AUGAAGUGCUUAAGUAUCAUGAUGGUUAGCUUGCUGUUAGUGGCCAUUGCAAUGGUCAGCUCAAACGAGACCGGACAGAACGAACAGUCAUUAAACCGUUUGGCCAGAGCUGCCAAUGGCGGAAAAGAAACCAACUGUCACUACGAAAAAACACAGUGGUCCCCGUGUGACGAAAAGACCAAUGUGAAGGCACGUACGUUGACACUGAAGAAAGGCGACGAGACGUGCGAGAAGACCAAGAAGAUCGAAAAGAAGUGCAAGAAAGCAUGCCGGUAUGUGAAGGGCACGUGGAGUCAAUGUAACUCGCAUAACGAGAUGAUCAGGACGGACACGCUCAAGGAUCCGUCUACUGAGAACUCAAACUGCGAGAAGACCAGACAGAUCACGAAAAAGUGCAAGAGCAAGGGACGGGGUAAUAAAGGUAACUAUAUAACUAUAGCAUACACGGGGCAAUAUUAA